GAAAUGUUUUUGAUAACCUACAAAAGUUAAUGGUUAGUGGAUCCUGAGUGUUAUGAAAAUAAACAAGAAAUAAAUAUUUAUUAAAGAGAAAAUGGCCCAUAUAUCAUACCCAUUUAAACGUACGAACAAGUCCGUUUAUCAGAAACCAACAUCUACUAAUACUUCGGAUACAAUUUAUUGGAAAAAACUAGGGCUACCAGUUCUAGUUAAGGAGUUUGGAGCUAUUGAUUACAUUGACUUUAGCCCAAUAGAACCAUACUAUUUUGCUGCAACAUGUUCCGUCAGAGUGCAGAUUUAUGAUCCCAUUACAAAAGUUGUAGCCAAAAAUAUAUCAAAAUUUGUGGAGGCUGCUUAUGGAGCUACUUUUCGAUCUGAUGGCCGACUGUUAGUGGCAGGUAGUGAAGAUGCAGCUGUAAAACUCUUUGAUGUUAAUUCUAAAAAUGUUCUUCGUGUGUUUAUGGGCCAUACGGCACCAGUCCAUAGAACUUUCUUCUCAAGAGAUCAAGUUAAAAUACUUAGUUUUUCUGAUGACAAAUCAGUUUGUUUGUGGGACAUUGCAACAGAGGGCAAACUUUCAACUUUUUCGGAACAUACUGACUAUGUGAGAGCUGGAGCUGCAAGUCCUAUUUCACCAGAUAUUUUCCUAUCAGGAGGUUAUGAUCAUGUUGUGAAACUUUAUGAUUGUAGAUCAAAUGAAACUGUUUUGACUGUCAAUCAUGGCAGUCCUGUAGAAUCUACAAUAUUUUUGCCAUCUGGAGGCAUUUUUAUCAGUGCUGGUGGAACAGAAAUAAAAGUGUGGGAUAUCUUCAAUGGUGGUAAACUGCUUGCUAACAUUUCACAACAUCACAAAACAGUGACAUGCCUUAGACUAGCAAGCAACAACAGCAGAUUGAUGUCUGCCUCACUUGACAGACAUGUCAAAAUUUAUGAUAUAUCUACAUUUAAAGUUGUCCACAAUAUUGACUUCCCUAAUGCUAUUCUUAGUAUGGGCAUAUCUGAUCAUGAUGACACCUUAGCUGUUGGUAUGAUUGAUGGUGUUAUAUCUAUAAGAAAAAGAGAUAAGCCAACCUCAAGAUCAGAAGAAAAGAAAGGUCUAUUUAAGUUUGCACCAGAUCAUGUUCAAACACAAACUGUUGAUUCAGUAGACAACAACAAAAGUAAUAAUAAAGUGAGUGAUUAUGAUAAGUUUAUCAGGAAAAUGGAAUUCAGUAAAGCACUGUCUGCUGUAUUGAAAACAUAUGUGGCUACCAAAUAUCCAGAAAAAACAGCAGCAGCAAUUCAAGAAAUGCUUCGAAGAAAAGUUCUCAAUGUUGCUAUGGGUGGGUUAAGUGAAAAAGACAUUGGAGCAUUAUUAAAAUAUUUUAAGAGAAACCUAGGUGAAGUAAGAUUUACUAGGACAAUUAUAGAUGCUGCAAAUGUUUUUGUAGAUGUGUUUGAGCCACAAAUUAAAACAUUUUCAGACACAAACUUAUUACUUUAUGCAUCACUUCAACAAGAAAUCAAAGAAGAAAUUGAAGUUUGUAAAAAAGUUAGCGAAUUAGAAGGAGCUAUUGGCAUGUUACUAUCUGCAGGCCAAAUAACUUCUAAUAGGAAUAUGAUGGAGCUGAGUGAUACUCUAGCACCAUCCACAAAAGCUCAAAAAGAAAUUAUCAUUGAUGUAUGAUUACAUUCAUAAGUUAC